AUAAACGAACACAUCAUUUUCAAGCUAACAGACUGCGCUUGUAACAAUUGUUUAAAAGAAUUGGGCAGUUUCCUUUAGGAAGGAAUCGCAAGCACACGGGUACGGGUUUUACAACAAAAUAACCCGAGUUUGUUGCGAUUCAAUUCCUUUGAAAAGGGAAAAACAAGCGAAGUGGAUUUAUAGCGGGCAUAUUUGAACGCGUUCUAGUCUAUGGUGCUUGGUUCAUCUCAGAAUUGGCAAAGAAAAAUGGCGAGUUUAGCUCUCAUGUUCAUCUUAUUAUUUGUGGUGUGUUUCACCGAAGCUUCACAACCAUUAUCGCGAGUGGCAAGACAAAUCGGAGAACAAGACAUCAUUUACGUCAAAGGUCAACCAGGACCUCCUGGUCCACUUGGAGAUAGGGGAUUUUUUGGUAUGAUUGGCAACUCCGGGCGUCCAGGAAGAAUCGGACCACAGGGUGAUCGAGGAGAUCUAGGACAAAAAGGAGAAAUAGGAGAUCCCGGUUUGCAAGGCCCACCCGGUGGCGGUUCUUCAACUAAAGGACCAGAUCCGCAGUUUGAAUUAGUGGGUCUAGCAGGAGGAACCUAUGGAGUAAACACUGUGUUCGAAUACCGAGAUGGACCAUCAGGGCCACCCGGAACUCCUGGACUUACCGGUGAAGAAGGAGUCAAAGGCGACGUCGGGCUUGUCGGCGUAGAAGGUGUGACUGGUUUACCAGGUUCCACUGGUGCUUAUGGCGACAGAGGUGAAAAUGGUGACCCAGGAAAUGAUGGUUUGAAAGGAGCAAGAGGCGAUCGUGGUGCUCAAGGACCCCCUGGAAAACCUGGAAUUCGUGGUCAAAUUGGUUUUCCAGGUCCACAAGGUCCGUUUGGGUUCAAGGGGGCAAGAGGUGGAGCAGGUCCUGCUGGAGACGAGGGAGAUAAAGGAAAAUCUGGUGAAAAGGGUUAUGCUGGAGAAAAAGGGGCAAGAGGUGAUCAAGGCAAACUUGGCUUUCCUGGCAGAUUAGGUCCUGAGGGUCCUCGUGGUCCGUCAGGGGGAGUUGGUCCUCGUGGUAUAGAAGGUCCGAGAGGUCAGCCAGGUGAUGUAGGCGAAGGAGGUAUAAAGGGUAGUAUCGGUAUUCGGGGUCCACAAGGAUUGAAAGGCCAACCAGGAGAAGCUGGUGAGCGUGGUUCAAAGGGAGGUGUUGGUGAUUCAGGCCCUAAUGGUGAAAACGGUCCAGUAGGCCCAAGAGGUUUUGAUGGAGAUCGAGGAAAACCAGGAGCUCCUGGAGUUAGAGGUCCGCCUGGUGGACCAGGUUUAGUUGGUAACCCUGGUGCUCUUGGACAACAAGGAGAAAGAGGUGGACCUGGUAAACGUGGUCCAGCUGGGUUAACUGGCAGCAAGGGACAACCUGGUAUACGUGGCGUUUCUGGAAUAUCUGGUGAAAAAGGAGAAGCAGGAGAUCUUGGUCCUGAUGGACCACGUGGAGCACCUGGUAAGACAGGUAUUGAAGGAAAAGUCGGUAGAGCUGGACCAAUAGGCAACAUUGGAGCUGUUGGACUGCAGGGGAAAACAGGGCCACCCGGAAAUGAAGGGAGACCAGGGUUUGAUGGAAGUAAAGUAAGUCUAUUUGCUUUACAAUUUUUUUCUAAUUUUAUGUCGAUUAAAAUUAUUAUUUAUAAUAAUUCUAUGAUUAUUAUUUUUUGUAUUAAGGGAAGUACUGGAGAAACAGGGUAUACAGGUGAAAAUGGACUCAAAGGUUCGAAAGGUUUAAAUGGGCGUGCAGGAGAUAGAGGCGCAAGAGGAGAACCUGGAACACAAGGUCAAAUUGGUACUCCGGGAAGAGAUGGUAAACGGGGAGCACCAGGUCUCGACGGAAAAAACGGUUCUCCUGGUCAACGUGGUCCCCAAGGUUCACAAGGAGUCCCAGGUCCCAUUGGUUUAGUUGGCCAGCCCGGUGAAGCUGGAGAAACAGGUGCAACUGGUGCUGCAGGGAGAGCUGGAGCUAAAGGUCAUGCUGGUGUACCAGGAUCAAUGGGUGAACGUGGUCUAAAUGGAGAGCCGGGCUUGACAGGAAAACGUGGAGAUCCUGGUCCUGCAGGUGUAGCUGGCACAUCAGGGAAACAAGGUCCAUCUGGCCCAACAGGCCCAACAGGAGCUGAUGGUGAUGAUGGAACUCCGGGAGCAAAAGGGGAGCAAGGAAGACAAGGAGUCCCGGGAAAACAGGGAAUUGUGGGACCUGUUGGAAACAGGGGAGCACGUGGACUCCGUGGACAGCAGGGUAGUCGCGGAGAACCUGGAGAUCCAGGAUCCCCAGGAGUUAGAGGAGAAGCUGGACUUCCUGGUGCCAAGGGUAGUACUGGUCUAGCUGGAAUUCAAGGCAUAUCUGGACCCAAUGGCCAACAAGGUGUAUCUGGAUCAACUGGAUUAAGAGGUAAAAGUGGACCAAAAGGUUUAGCUGGGAAAGAUGGUCAACCUGGAGAGCAAGGACCUUCUGGUCAACAAGGUCCCACAGGUCCAACUGGAGAGCGUGGAACAAGUGGAGAAGAUGGAGCUCCUGGAUUGCAAGGAUUACCCGGCUCAGAUGGUGAACCUGGUGAAGAAGGUCAACCUGGUCGACCUGGCCAACCUGGACAACAAGGACCUCGUGGCUCAUCAGGUGAGCCAGGUCCAAGAGGAGCUAAAGGACCCACCGGUGAUCGUGGCGACGCAGGAGAAGUAGGACUUCCUGGAACUACUGGACCAACCGGAAUUGCUGGUAAAAUUGGUGCACCAGGUGAAAAGGGAAUUGUUGGAGACAUUGGUGAGCCUGGACUAGUUGGUGCUCGUGGUCCACCUGGGCCUACAGGUGAUGUUGGCAGUACUGGUAAUGACGGGCCGACUGGACGUCCUGGUUUGCCAGGAAAUCCUGGACAAAAGGGACCAGCUGGAGACCCAGGAAAUCCUGGACGAGCAGGUACACCCGGUGAACAGGGACCUCCUGGCAAAGACGGCUCAAACGGAGAUCCGGGCGCACCAGGAAAAGAGGGAGAACGUGGACUCACCGGUCCUCCAGGUCCAGCAGGAAGACGCGGAGAAUCGGGACCACCUGGACAAAUUGGUUCGGUUGGCAAGCCUGGGGAGGAUGGUCCUAAAGGAUUUCCUGGAAAAACAGGAAGAGAUGGUACUAACGGUAAACGAGGCGACCAAGGAGAGAGCGGACCUGACGGAGUAAGAGGUAUUCCUGGCACAGACGGUCUAAAGGGAAAAGCUGGAUUUGAUGGUCUAGAUGGAACGAACGGUCAACCAGGUGAACCAGGAUACCAAGGCGGCAGGGGAACACGAGGAAUGCGGGGGGAAACUGGUGAUGCCGGAGAAAAUGGAAAACCGGGAGCUGCUGGGCCUGAUGGGUCUAAAGGUUCGUCAGGUAGACCAGGCCUUCGAGGAAGGGAUGGAAGACAGGGAAAUCACGGAACAAAAGGUAGUCGAGGUCCCAGAGGAAACCAGGGAGCCAAAGGAGAUGAUGGAGAAAGAGGAGAUAAAGGAUCUAUGGGUCCACAAGGUAUUUAUGGACCAGCUGGCGAUGCUGGAGAAAAAGGUAACACUGGCGAACCUGGUCCAGAUGGACCUGUAGGACCGCAGGGAGUGCGAGGUUCAGCUGGACCUGACGGUGGCCGCGGAAGAGCAGGAUCAAAAGGUAUCAAUGGACAAUUUGGUCGUAAAGGAAAUCGUGGUCAAUCUGGCCCAAAUGGUGACAGCGGUAAACCUGGUGCCCCAGGUGGUCCUGGUGUCGCUGGUCAACCUGGCUCUCCUGGUGAAAUUAGUGGUAUCUCUGGUGCCUUCGCAAGAUUCUUCACUGCAGGUGGAUUAGGAAUGAAAGGACCUGGUAGGGCUGCUAGUGGAUACAAUCAACAAUACAAGUAUUACCAAGCUGCUGGCAAAACAGACCCAAGUAUUAACAGGCAUUACGAUAACUUUAAAACGUACUACAACUUGUUAAAGACAUUUGAUAAAGUUACUAUGGGCUCUGGACAAAGAAGCGACCCUGCACGUACCUGCGCUGAACUGUUCAAAUGGUAUCCACAAAAACAGUCCUCAGAUUAUUGGGUGGAUCCUAACGAGGGUGCUUCUGAUGAUAGCGUGUUGGUGUACUGUCACAAAGAAACUAAUGAAACUUGUGUAUACCCUAAAAUAAGCGCGGUGAGUGAUGUAAAGAUUGGCGGUGGCCAGGAUAGAUAUCAAUGGAUCAUGAAGGAUAUUGAAAUGGAGAAAGAAGGCAUCCCAUACUCCAUGGACACCCCACAGAUGAAAAUGCUUCAACUCUUAAGUACUAACGUACGUCAGAACAUAACAUACAACUGCAAGAAUUCACACGCCAUCUUGAAUAGAAAGAAUCAACCACACAAGCAUCCGUUAAGAUUCAAGUUGGACAAUGAAGCUGUCUUGUCCGUACAUAAGAAAGCGCGCGUUAACAUCAACGUCAUCUCUGAUGGGUGUGGAAAGAAAAAUAACCAAUGGAACAAAGCCGAAGUUGAACUAUCAUCCAAAAUUUCAAAUCAUUUGCCAGUAAUCGAUGUAGCGGCACAUGAUAUUGGUGGGGAUAUUGAAGAAUUCAGCAUGGUUUUCGGUCCCGUGUGUUUCUCUUAGAAAGAUGGCGGCCGCGUUUUUAUGUGUACAUAACUGAGUUGAACAUUUUUUAUCGACAACAUGAUUUUUAUGUCACUCACCGUACAAGAGGUUAAGAAAGAGUGGAUAGAAAACGUAAUUUUUGGAAUUUUUAGAUAAAACACUAUUUGGUUUUUUGCUUACUGUAUUUAUAAGUGAGAAAUCUUAAAUAAUUAUUUUUAGAAAAUUAUACCUCUUUUUACUUCGAAGAAAUCACGUGUAACUUUUUAUAUUUAUGUAGUUAGUAGAUUCGGACCACGUGGA